CCAGGGCGCCCCCUGGUGGGGCGCGGGCGGCAGCGGUUCCCGCUGUCCUGCUCGCGCCCGGCCGGCCGCUGUUACGCAAUGGAAAUUGCGAAAGCCCCACCCGCCCGGCCCUCUUGGGGGAAUGCGGCCUCUCCGGCGGAUUUUUUUUUUCUUUAUUAAGUAUUAGUCAUUCUGUGGAUGUCCUUUAGAAAGGAUAAAUGGGGAUAGAUGGGGUUUCCCUUUCAACCUUGAGAACUUUGCCCAGCAGCUGAACAAAUAUAACACCUUUCCAGUUUUGGCGUUUAUUUGAAAAGGGGCAUUCUGCUUUGGAAAGAUAAAAUGUCGUUUCUUAAUUUCAGACAAUUUUCCUAAUCAAGAUUUUGUAACUGAAGAGCUCUUUCUCAUAGUUCUUGAUCUGGCUCACUUUACAGUUGAGGACACUGAAGCCCAGGAAAGUUUUCUUGCCUAUGUAGUUUUUUCCCCAGUAUGUAGGUUUCCUGAAUAACGUCUGCCAAAUGUCCUUGUUCUCAUUAUUAGCGUAAGAUGAGAUUGAAAGAUAUAUUUGGGAGAAAUUUACAGGUUUUGGAAGGAUAUUGUAGUAUUGACUUACUAUCUGAAUUUAGUGUGUAACGGAAAACGACCUGUAAAACAAGAACCAAGUACACUGGAAGCCACCUUGCAGUGGGCAAGACUGGGUUUGGCUUCAGCUGUGCAACUUGGAGCAUUUUAGCUUGGUAACAUUGAUCCCCUUUCAGGUGAGUAUUGGCCCUGCAAUUCGGAUACGAGCAAGAAAUUGUAAUGUUGCUGCUAGUAAGGUAAAACUGUCAAAUACCCUAAAUCAAAACUCCAAACCACGUUUAUUCAGAAAAUGCCAUAAAAUCACAAGGUCCAGACGUAAAAGUUUACUGAGGAGUUAUAAAAAGGAUGUUUAAUAGACACUUGAAUAGUGAGGACUUGGAGAUAACUUUAUUAAGAAAGUGCUUUGAGUAUUGGAUUUUCUCGAUGGAUUGGGAAUAUAUUUAGGGAAUAAGAAAGUUUGGUCAUAAGAGGAAAACUGCUUAAUUACUGAGAGAGACACCCUAGGAGUUAGUAAUACCUUGCUCAUUUUAGGCUUUGCAAAUGCUCUGCUUUGUAGUGGGGGUGUGUAUAGGCAUUUCAUCACCCAGAGGUGGUUUUUAGUUUUAAAUUCUGUAUUAACAGUUGUUUUCUUUCCAGACUGCAAAAUUCAAAAUGGGGCUCAAGGUAUUCGUUUCAUCUACACCAGAGAAGGCAGACCGAGUGGCGAGGCUUUUGUUGAACUUGAAUCAGAAGAUGAAGUCAAAUUGGCCCUGAAAAAAGACAGAGAAACUAUGGGACACAGAUAUGUUGAAGGUUUGAUUUACAUUGCCCUAGUAACAGUAAAUAAAACAUUAAACAAAUAGAAAUCUAUCUUAUCCCUUCUGAAUUUUAGGUAUUUGACCGCAUGGAAAUGGUCAUCUAAGAGUUUAUGGCAGCUCUACCUAGAUUAUCUAAAGACCCAGGAAGUCUGAACUUGGUUUUCUAACUUUCCAAAGUUGACUAAUUCUAAGCACCUCUUUCAGUAUUCAAGUCAAACAACGUUGAAAUGGAUUGGGUGUUGAAGCAUACUGGUCCAAAUAGUCCUGACACGGCCAAUGAUGGCUUUGUACGGCUUAGAGGACUCCCCUUUGGAUGUAGCAAGGAAGAAAUUGUUCAGUUCUUCUCAGGUAUAUCGAAAUCUUUAAGAGCAGUCGAGCUGAAGUUAGAACUCACUAUGAUCCACCACGAAAACUUAUGGCCAUGCAGCGGCCAGGUCCCUAUGACAGACCUGGGGCUGGCAGAGGGUAUAACAGCAUUGGAAGAGGAGCUGGCUUUGAAAGGAUGAGGCGUGGUGCGUACGGUGGAGGUUAUGGAGGCUAUGAUGAUUAUAAUGGCUAUAAUGAUGGCUAUGGAUUUGGGUCAGAUAGAUUUGGAAGAGACCUCAAUUAUUGUUUUUCAGGAAUGUCAGAUCACAGAUACGGGGAUGGUGGCUCUACUUUCCAGAGCACAACAGGACACUGUGUACACAUGCGGGGAUUACCUUACAGAGCUACUGAGAAUGACAUUUAUAAUUUUUUUUCACCACUCAACCCUGUGAGAGUACAUAUUGAAAUUGGUCCCGAUGGCAGAGUAACCGGUGAAGCAGAUGUCGAGUUUGCAACUCAUGAAGAUGCUGUGGCAGCUAUGUCAAAAGACAAAGCAAAUAUGCAACACAGAUAUGUAGAACUCUUCUUGAAUUCUACAGCAGGAGCAAGCGGUGGUGCUUACGAACACAGAUAUGUAGAACUCUUCUUGAAUUCUACAGCAGGAGCAAGCGGUGGUGCUUAUGGUAGCCAAAUGAUGGGAGGCAUGGGCUUGUCAAACCAGUCCAGUUAUGGCGGCCCAGCCAGCCAGCAGCUGAGUGGUGGUUAUGGAGGCGGCUAUGGUGGCCAGAGCAGCAUGAGUGGAUAUGGCAGCCAAGGAACAGUGAACAGCAGCUACUACAGUAGUGGAAGCCGAGCAUCUAUGGGAGUGAACGGAAUGGGAGGGAUGUCUAGCAUGUCCAGUAUGAGUGGUGGAUGGGGAAUGUAAUUGAUCCUGAUCACUGACUCUUGGUCAACAUUUUUUACAAAACUUAAGUUUUAACAGUUUUGCAAUACAAACUUGUGGUUUAUGCUUACUCUAAGUGGAAAUCAGGAUUGUUUUAAAGACUUAAGGUUCAGUAUUUUUGAACACAAACAUUCAUUUAGGAUGUAACUAGGUUGAGUAAUCUGUUACUGUUAAAUAAUUUUCAGCUUUUCUCAAGUUAUAUUGUAGGAUGUACUUAAGCAGUAGGUGUAUUUAGGUUAAAGCAGUUGAAUUAUGUUAAAUGUUGCUUACACCACAUUACAUUGAACACUGUUUGGAUGCAUUGUUGAAAGACAUGCUUUUUUGUGAAACUCAAUAUAGGAGCUGUGUCUACAAUUAAAAGUGAAACAUUUGGCAUGUUUGUUAAUUCUAGUUUCAUUUAAUAACCUCUAUGGCACGUAAGUUUAAGCUUUUUUUUUAAGUUAAUGGGGAAAAUUUGAGACGCAAUACCAAUACUUUAGGAUUUUGGUCUUGGUGUUUGUUUGAAAUUCUGAGGCCUUGAUUUAAAUCUUUUCAUUGUAUUGUGAUUUUCCUUUUAGGUGUAUUGCGCUAAGUGAAACUUGUUGAAUAAAUCUUCCUUUUAAAAACUGCA